GUAAAUUAUGCAUGCAUAUAAAUGGGCUGCAAUAAUCGGGUAAAAAACCUAACCCAUCGUUUCUUCUUGUGUGUGGUCGGUCACAACAAUAAGGCUAGGUCUGCGCGAGAGAGCCGUAAGUAAGGUGAUUCUCACUGCCCUUCUUCCAAUGGCGACAAAGAGGAACUUUAAGGCAUUCUCGGUUGCUGCCGCCUCCUCACCGAUGAAUGGUUGCAAAAGCCGGAAGCUAACGGAGAAGAUACUGAAGGAAGCGUAUGCGCAGCAAAAGGAAGUCGAGGAUGAAGAAAACACCCCCAUGAGCGCCUUCUCCUUCAAGCAACCAUUGUAUGAGUUGGAAGAUGUUAUUGACGAUGAUGUUGAUGAGAUCCAGAGCCAACUUGAUUACCAUGAGGAUAUGGCCUGUAGCGAGAAAGAAGAAAAGUUAUUACUAGAUGCCUUCUUUCACAAGGAUGGGGCUUCAAUAGCAAAACGUGUCUCUGAUGCUAUUACUUCUUCGCUUGAAGAAAAACAUAUUGCUGCUACAGGCGCAGCUUUUGAUUCAAUAACUGACUACUAUCGAAAGCUGGGAGAGUUUAUGAGUCUAUACACAAACGGUAAAAUGCCGAAAGCUCUUAACCAUCUUACUAGACUGGAAAAUUGGGAAAGUUUAUUGAAGUUGACUCAACCAGAGAGUUGGUCACCAAAUGCAAUGUACAAGGCUACAAACAUGUUUGCCUCCAGCAGCAAAGCUGAACGCUUCUAUGAGCUUUUUCUUCUUCCUAGGGUCAGAGAGGACAUCAGAAUCCACAAAAAGCUACAUUUUUGUCUCUACCAAUCUUUGAAAAAGGCACUCUUCAAGCCCAAAGGAUUCUACUGUGGGAUUUUACUUCCCUUGUGUAAGUCUGGAACAUGCACCAUCCCCGAAGCUGUUAUUAUUGGGAGUAUAAUACACAAGUUUUCUAUUCCUGAAAAAUUUUCAAGUGCUGCCUUGGUAUGUUUGGCGGAGAUGGAGUUUCUUGGCACAAGAAGUUACUUCAUGAAAGCUAUCCUGGAGAAGAAAUAUGCGCUGGCUCAUCUGGCCAUUGAUGCGGUCGCUGCUCACUUCUUGAGAUUUUGUAAGGAGACAAAAGUUAUGCCGGUCAUUUGGCACCAAACUCUUCUCGCCUUUGUGCAACGGUACAAGCACGAACUAAGAAAGGAAGAUAAAAAGAGUCUCACAAGUCUACUUGAGAAGCAAAAUCACGAGCUAAUUACUCCUGAAAUUGUGAGAGAGCUUGUUAGUAGCAGAAACCGUGGAGAGAUGGUGGAUAAUUCACAUUCAGCUUCAACGAUCAACAACAAGCCGAUCAAAGAAGACUGGUUUGACAUGCCACAAGUUCCAAUGGAAGAAGACUAACGAUUAUCUAUAUUUAUAUCCGGUCUUCCAAUUGUCGGUCGUUGUGUAUCAAUCUUGAGUGAGCCUCUUUUGUUUGUGUUAAAUUCCUAUUUAUGCUAAGAUAUUGUAAUCAAUCUAUGUUUCGAAGAUUUGUAUCCUUUUUCUUUCCAAAGAUUUUUUUUUUGUUUUUCAAUAACCAUGCAAUUUUAUAGGGGAACUUGGAUUUGUAUAU